UUGCAAUCCGACUGCGCCAUCACACUUGAUGCUACUGCUCCUGGAUGAUGGUUCUACUGACUGAUCUUUUAAUGUUUUUGGAAUGAUCUAUAGUAGAGAGUUUCACCCAAAUACAGUUGGGCAAUUGUGCCACCUAUCUUCAACCACAUUAUGCUUUGGGGUAAGUUUUAGUCAGUUGACUUUCUGUAGCCUAUACAGCUAACGUUAGUUUUGUAUUGAGCAUAACAAAUGUAAUACAUGCAGCACAAUUAAAAAUAGUAACGUUAAGCUACAGUUAGCAGUGAUGAUUUCUGGUAUUGAGUGAACAUGUUAUAUGUGAUUGCCCUUUGUACUCCACAAUGGCUUUGUUUUUGCUUUAUCUCUAAUGUUCUUUCCUUUGUUUUGUUGUGACAAGCCUGAGUUGCAGUCAGAUCUUAUCUGCCCCUGUGUCCCCUGUGAAAUGACCUGACACAAUCUUCACCACAGUCAUAAGACAAUGGCAAGAAUAGCAUGGUAUCAAGAGAAGGUAAGGGCCUCUUUACACUACACUACUUUGACAACACAAACUAGGUCCAGGAGAGAUACUUGUGUAGUGUAAAGAGAGGGAUCUAGAGUAAAAUAUAUUUUUAAGAGAUGUCUCCCACACUACAUCCGGAGGUAGGUAAAACCAGGAGAUGAUAUGCCAGUUCAAAACAACUGGGAACUGGUAACAUGGAAAUCUCUGACUUCUGACUUCAGUCCGUUCAAGACAACUGGAAAGUCAGAAAAAAACUAGCUCAGACUGAGGAAAAAUCGUUUUGAACAGUCAUCCAACUCGGAAUUCCAACUCGGGAACUUGGGCUCCGAUUUUCCGACCUGAAGCUCACUGACGUCAUGAUUUGACCUCGUAUUUUCCAGAGUUACCAGUUGUCUUGAAUGCACCAAUAUUGAUAGCGCUGAUGUCAUCCACGUAUUCCUAUGGAAAACUCCAGAUGGCGCAUGAAGCCUGAAAUAUUUCAAUUUGAAGCGUGCCAUAUUGACAAAGACAUUUAUAACUAACCCAAGAUAGUCAAUCUGUGUCGUUUACAGUGGGCGCAAAUGAAGCAUAGUGGGCAGAAAACGCAAGGAGGUGGGCAAAAACCAGAUGUUUCAUCGAUGAGAAAAUGUGCAGAAUGUCAGCCCAGUUUCACCUAGUUCCAUCCUCUUCCACUACCCACGACUGGACUUCCUCUCACUACCAUAUUUGGUGGUGAGAAAACGUUCUAAACGGAUGCUUCAGCUUUAUAGCCCCUGUGACGUGUCUGGUUUACCCCUUCUGUCUUCUUGCUGAAUGGCACCAAAAAAUCGCUAAGGAUCAUGGUGAAAGUGGCCGUAACUAGCAAAGGAUAAUGGUCGAUGUAGUCGUUUUCAUCCUGCCAGAGAGUCAACCUUAAUUAAUGUGUAUGGCAUGAGGACGCGAGCCUCCUCGUAGCCUGCUGGCCCAUUAUUGAUCUGUGUCAGCACGUGGUCCUGUGUGAUGACAAAUGUAGUAGUCAGAAUGGAUCAUUAUUUAAUUAAAUAUCUUGAUUUGUAGUGAACUUUUAAAUAAUUCACUGUGGGGAUUUUAGAGCCCAAAACGGCAGUUGUAAAAAUAAAAAUGUUUGGCUAUUCUGGCGAUCGUAAUUUACUUUCUAGGACAGGCCAGGGCUUUUGGCACCGCUAGGUUGCUACGAAGUAGCCGACAAGCAGAGCUAGUGAGUUCACGCUCCAGACCGGACGCUGGGGGCCUGCACAUACCCCCUUCUGAGUGGUAGUGCUAUAGUAACAUUCAUGAAAAAAAAUUAAUAAAUACAACCAUCGAAAAACCAGAUGUUUUAAGCUUAGUUAUAGUGAAACACGCCAAUUCUGGUAUUCAUUUUGACAGUUCAUUGCAAAAGUGAUAUAUUUUGGUCUUUUAGUAGUAAAUUAGUAGUAAAUCUAGCUCUUUUUGCCCCUAAAGUGGUUCAGCUCUACCAUUGAAAUUGUUAAGAAGGUGCCUCUACGUCAUCUCAAGGGAGGGGUUCGGUAUGAAAUACACUCCCUUCUAGAUGUGCUGGGUGGUACCACCUCAAGGCUUACUGUAAAAGCAGGUGACAGUGUGCCUUAUUUGGCGGCAAUAUAUUUUGCAUGAUACUUCCUUGACUAGACUAUUGACGUUACACAAAAUUCAAAAGGCAGUAAGGCACAUUUCCGCAUAUGACCAAAUUCAAAAUGUUUGCUGACCAUUUCACACACAUCUAUGUGCUUUUACGAAGAAAAAAUACGUCAGCUAUGAGGAUUAUACGUUUAUAUUUGUUGCUACAUCCAUCGUAACAAGAAAUAGAUGACAAUGGUGGUCAUGUCAACUCAUUGUAUUUUUUCCCAACCGCUAUGAAUAAAUGGGAGUGCAGUCCACUAAGACAGUGGGCUCAUAGUUCAAUGGUUGAGUUUUUUUUAUACUUUUACCUCUUUUUCUCCCCAAUUUCAUGAUAUCCAAUUGGUAGUUACAGUCUUGUUCCAUCGCUUCAACUCCCCUACGGACUCGGGAGAGGCGAAGGUCGAGAGCCAUGCGUCCUCUGAAACACGACCUUGCCAAGCUGCACUGCUUCUUGACACACUGCUCGCUUAAUCUGGAAGCCAGCCGCACCAAUGUGUCAGAGGAAACACCGUCCAGCUGACGACCGAAGAAGGCUUGCAGGCACCUAGCCCGCCACAAGGAGUCGCUAGAGUGCGAUGGGACAAGAAAAUCUCGGCCGGCCAAACCCUCCCCUAAACCGGACGACGCUGGGCCAAUUGUGCGCUGCCUCAUGGGUCUCCCAGUCACAGCCGGCUGUGACACAGCCUGGGAUCGAACCCGGGUCUGUAGUGACGCCACUCGGGAGGCCCUCAAUGGUUGAGCUCUAAUCUCACAUGGGGCAGAUAUCUUAUGCAGUUGGAUUGAUUUGAGCCCCUAAUUUUCAUUUUUAAGAUUGCACUUUUCUUCCCAACAAGAUACCGCAAUAAAUGUCAUUUCAACAAUUGUUUUUGGUGCUCAAUGGGGAAUUCGAACUUACACCGCAAGUGGCAGUAGAUGUCAGGAACACGGCGCCUUACCACUGUGAGCUAACUGUGCAGAGCCGUAUUUGCUCGCGAUGCACAUCAUUUUAUUAUCAGAGCGUGCCAGUGGACUUCUGGUAAGUAUGCUUUAAUGAGAACGUGUUGGGAUCAGGUACAACUAGGUUUACCCACCCUCAAAAUGAAUAUUUAUGAGAUAUUCCCCCCACCCACAACAUCUCACCUGAAUUAACUUUUUUGAAAAUUUGAAGGGGUCGGGCAAAGGCAGAAAUUGGGGUUGAGAGUUCCCCACACCACAUGUCCCUGCAAGAAUUACCGUAAUGACCUUAAUGGAAGUAGACAGCAUUCUUGCUCUGUUAGACAAAUUGAAAAUUAAAGGUUUUUGUGAAUCAUUGCAUUAUUCAAGCGUAAAACACUAUGUGCAAUAAGGUUUAGAUGAGAAGCUCCUGUAUAGUUUCAAUUGCUAGCCUAAUUUUGUGUGUCUAAAUACACUGGUAUUUACGGUAUGCUAAUCGCUGCACUCGCAUGAAGCAGGAAUGUGGCUUUGGCCACACCACAUCCAAGGCUAGUGUAAAUAGAAAAGUUGAAGAGAGAUAGAUCUCACUAGACAUAUUUUACUAAUGUAAAUGGCCCCUAAGACAUGCUAGACUUACUGACAAUGUAAUGAGGGCGGCAGGUAGCUUAGUGGUUAAGAGCGUUGUGCUAGUAACCGAAAGGUCGCUGGUUCUAAUCCCCGAGCCGACUAGGUGAAAAAUCUGUUGAUGUGCCCUUGAGCAAGGCACUUAACCCUAAUUGCUCCUGUAAGUCGCUCUGGAUAAGAGCGUAUGCUAAAUGACAAAAAAAAAUUAAAUUUAAAAUCCUCUAUAUGAGAUGAUACAAACUGAAGUGUGUCCAUGUGUCAACAGAUUGGUGCAUAUGAUCAGCAGGUCUGGGAGAAAUCUCUGGAGCAAGCAGAAUUUAAUGUAAGUUCAUGACAUUUGGCCUAAUAUGUACACAUUUCUUAUAUGAUCAGCAUUGUCACUAAGAUAAGUGUUACCCCCAUAGGGUAUUGACAGUAAACCAAAGAGGUCUGGCCACAUCAAGCCAGACCUCAUUGAUGUUGACUUAGUAAGAGGUGAGUAUCCAUUUAUUACGUUUAUUCACACAAUGUUGCUUGUUGGAUGGAUAUGGUGCAUGCAACGCUAUUGAUUGGCUCGCUCCUAUUCCAGGAUCCACAUUCAGCAAGGCCAAGCCAGAUCGUCCAUGGACAGCGUUGACCCGUAAGGGCCUGGUCAGGGUGAUCCUCUUCCCCUUCUUCUUCCAGUGGUGGAUGCAGGUGACCUCUAGGUCCAUCUCCACCUGUAUCCUGGUGCUCUACUUGAUGCAAGGUAAACUCACAUCUCACCUUAACAUUGCUUUAGGCAUGGGUCAGAUCAUGCUUGUUGUCUACUGUUAAGAAGUAAUACGAUAUACAGUUGAAGUCGGAAGUUUACAUACACCUUAGCCAAAUACAUAAUAAACUCAGUUUUUCACAAUUCCUGACAUUUAAUCCUAGGAACAAUUCCCUGUCUUAGGUCAGUUAGGAUCACCACUUUAUUUUAAGAAUGUGAAAUGUCAGAAUAAUAGUAGAAAGAAUGAUUUAUUUCAGCUUUUAUUUCUUUCAUCACAUUCCCAGUGGGUCAGAAGUUGACAUACACUCAAUUAGUAUUUGGUUGCCUAAUUAGUAUUGCCUUUAAAUUGUUUAACUUGGGUCAAACGUUUCGGGUAGCCUUCCCACAAUAAGUUGGGUGAAUUUUGGCCCAUUCCUCCUGACAGAGCUGUUGUAACUGAGUCAGGUUUGUAGGCCUCCUUGCUCGCACACGCUUUUUCAGUUCUGCCCCAAAUGUUCUAUAGGAUUGAGGUUAGGGCUUUGUGAUGGCCACUCCAAUACCUUGACUUUGUUGUCCUUAAGCCAUUUUGACACAACUUUGGAAGUAUGCUUGGGGUCAUUGUCCAUUUGGAAGACCCAUUUGCGACCAAGCUUUAACUUCCUGACUGAUGUCUUGAGAUGUUGCUUCAAUAUAGCCACAUAAUUUUCCUUCCUCAUCAUGCCAUCUAUUUUGUGAAGUGCACCAGUCCCUCCUGCAGCAAAGUACCCCCACAGCAUGAUGCUGCCACCCCCGUGCUUCACGGUUGGGAUGGUGUUCUUCGGCUUGCAAGGUCCCCCUUUUUCCUGCAAACAUAAUGAUGGUCAUUAUGGCCAAACAGUUCUAUCUUUGUUUCAUUAGACCAGAGGACAUUUCUCCAAAAAGUACGAUCUUUGUCCCCAUGUGCAGUUGCAAACCGUAGUCUGGCUUUUUUAUGGCGGUUUUGGAGCAGUGGCUUCUUCCUUGCUGAGCGGCCUUUCAGGUUAUGUCGAUAUAGGAGUUGUUCUACUGUGGAUAUAGAUACUUUUGUACCUGUUUCCUCCAGCAUCUUCACAAGGUCCUUUGCUGUUGUUCUGGGAUUUAUUUGUACUUUUCGCACCAAAGUACGUUAAUCUCUAGGAGACAGAACGCGUCUCCUUCCUGAGCGGUAUGACGGCUGCAUGGUCCCAUGGUGUUUAUACUUGCGUAAUAUUGUUUGUACAGAUGAACGUGGUACCUUCAGGCAUUUGGAAAUUGCUCCCAAGGAUGAACCAGACUUGUGGAGGUCUACAUAUUUUUUUCUGAGGUCUUGGCUAAUUUCUUUUGAUUUUCCCAUGAUGUCAAGCAAAGAGGCACUGAGUUUGAAGGUAGGCCUUGAAAUACAUCCACAGGUACACCUCCAAUUGACUCAAAUGAUGUCAAUUAGCCUAUCAGAAGCUUCUAAAGCCAUGACAUCAUUUUCAGGAAUUUUCCAAGCUGUUUAAAGGCACAGUCAACUUAAUGUAUGUAAACUUCUGACCCACUGGAAUUGUGAUACAGUGAAUUAUAAGUGAAAUAAUCUGUAUGUAAACAAUUGUUGGAAAAAUUACUUGUGUCAUGCACAAAGUAGAUGUCCUAACUGACUUGCCAAAACUAUAGUUUGUUAACAAGAAAUGUGUGGAGUGGUUGAAAAACAAGUUUUAAUGACUCCAACCUAAGUGUAUGUAAACUUCCGACUUCAACUGUACUAUUUAUAGACCUAAAGUAAAUAGGUCUGUCAUUCACUAACUCUCUAAAGAGCAGGUUUCUACCAUUUCUGGGCAGUCUGUUAACUUAAUGGCUUUCUCUGCAGUGACAGCAGCAAUGUUGUACAUGGAGGUCCCUGCAGCCAGUGUUAGUGAGCUGUUUGGGCCCAUGUGUCUGAUGUUGUUGCUGGGAACGGUGCACUGCCAGAUCGUGUCCACAGAGUCCAACCGGAGCCCCUCAGUCAGCCCUGUGAGCAGCACCAGCCCUGCACGAAGGAGGAGGUAGGGCUCUUACCGCCAGGAACACACGCUGUGCACUCACCCUUUUAUACACUCUUGCAAACUGCUCUCACACUGUAUAACAUGUUCCCUCAUUUCUCAACUGUCAUUCAGGCCAAGGAAGGGUAGAGAAUUGAAGAGAACAGAGGGACAAGGGAACGACAGGGACACUGAGCUGCAGCCUUGGCAGCUGGAGGAAAACCAGAGGUUGUACAGAUCAGAGGAGAGAAGGGUAAGGCCAUACAAAUAAUGACCAGAUCGUCUACCUGAACAUAAAGCAAUCAUUUAUGUUUGUGAGUGAAGCAGUAGUUAACCCUUUACACUCUAGGAAUUGGCCUAUAUGGAUAGGGCUAAAUUGAAUUGUUUCUUACAGAAUAAAUAUGAAAUGCAUAACCAUGGUAGCAAUUGAAAGGUAACUGUUUGGAGAUAAUGGGAAAAUUAUUAGACCAAAGUUGAGGACACAACAGUUCACCUGACACAAGACUGAAUCCAAACAUUACACUGUUGAUUUUAUGUGCAUUUUACAUUUACUGUACUUUUCGUCACAUUUCUUGAUAACAAAAUCUGAAAAUACUCUGGAUACAUUCAGUAACAUGAUAAGAAUAUUCCUGGAAAAUGUGGGGUAGGUGCAACAUAACACAAAAGUGUGCAUAGUUCCUAAGUCAUUUCAAUGCACUUUUAUGACUCAAAGAAGAGCCUUCAACUAUAAGGUACUUCUUCGAACUCUCCUAGCUGUGCAGUUGAGGAACUAGAGCAAGCACACUUGUAGUUGUUUUGUUUGGAACACAACCCUGCAUCCCUGCCAUCACAUAAUUACUGUUGUUGUUUUACGCAAUCCAAAAACAGCCCAUAAUAAAUCGCAGUCUGGGUCAGGUGGGUAUGAUUUGGAAGCAUGUUUUAUUGCCAACAUGACUAGCUAAGUUUAUAAAAUUCGAUCUACAGUGUUAGACUUUCACAAGGCAAUUCAGAGAAACAGAUUGUAAUUUUGGUGCACAUAGAAUGGAGUCAUGAGUGCAUUAAUGUGCGUGUUCCGCUGGGCAUUUUCUACACAAUAGACAAAUAUAGGCUCAUUCUGUUCAGAACAACGCAGGGUAUGAUGCCAUGUCAUCUUGUAACUGUACAUCAAACAUAGUGAUCAGAAACGUUGACACUGUAUAUGGCAUGAGUUUAAAUUAUAUGGAAAUGUGAAGUGCACGUUUGUAUUCACGGGUGUUUGGCUUGCUUGUAUGACAUCGAAGCUGUAUUUAUUAUAAUCCUCAACAUCUCAUCUUUCAAAAUACAUCGAGUCCUCUUAAUUUACAGCAUGUCCCUCACUCAGACAACAAAACAUUAGCAGAAGUUGCCCAAUUAGCGGGAGGGAUGAGGGAAACUUCUUGUCGCGCGAGGUGCUCAAGUUCAGAACGGCUGUCAGUCAAAACCCAUAAAGCACUGUGAAGCACAGAGCCAGAACUCUGAGAAUUUAUAGGAAGUUACUGCAUUCCAAUUUAGGCGCUUAUCAGUGCACAAAUCUGCCAUUUUUAACCCGUAUGCGGGUACGAGUGUAAAGGGCUACCAGGGUUCCAGAAGUUCCCAUUUUCAUGUGUGUGUGUGAAUCUCAAAAUGUAUUUGUUUCCUUUGUAUUGCCUGAGUGAAUUUGUCUAGCGGGUUGUAAGGCUGGGCGGGACUUUUAAGAUGGGGCUUUAUCUGUGAUUGACAUUUUGGCUACCAAGGUGGUGUUGCUGUUUAUCCUGUGGAUUCUAUUGCUGAUUGUGAUGCUGUUCCAGACCAUUCAGAGAAAGUCAGGCUUUGGGGCCUCUGACGAGCUUUCCAGUGAGGUGGAGGAGGAUGAGGAAGCAAAACUUCCCACUGGUGUAGCUGGAACUACACCUGCCUCUGUCCUCACGAAGAGACGCCUUCACUCCUCAAACCCCUCACCACCUCAGGUAACCCUUAAGAGACAGUGAGUCCUGCUCUGUGUAUUGUAGCCAGAGUGAAAGGGGGACAUUUAGUUUGACCUAUUAUUUGCACAGGAGGAAAGUAGUGGAGGUGCCAAGGACACUAAGGUGAAACCUCAUGAAGUGGUGCUCCUUAGGCCCGAAGGCUCGCGCCCGGCUUCUGACACAGAUGACACAAUGUGGGAGGAGCUUAUUCAGGGUCCUGACUCCGCCUCCACUGGCAGCAGUGACAGUGAGGGGGAGGGGCGGUACGGCCUGACCCUCCCCCCGUCCACCACUCUCAUCAGUGAUGAUGAGAACCUGCAGCAGGUGGGUCCGUCCACAAGGACUCACUUUAAUCACAUUUACUUUGUGCUACACCACACGUAUACUCUGUCACCUAAUAUGUAACCCCAAAAAGGGUUAGUAUAUACCAGCUCAUCAGCUUUCUCUCCCGACAGGGCCAUCUAUCGUGGCUGCAGGCGUGCCACCCAUCCAGAGACCGGGUCAGUGUCAUCAUCUGGGAGCAGGGGGAGUGCAAGAAAGCAGACAUGUCAGUACUGGAGAUCAGUGGGAUCAUCCUCACACGGGUAAACCUCCUAUGACCACUUCAUUACACACUGAUACCUUUUUGGUACAAUUAACACACAUUGAAUACAUAGUGAAUGCUGGUCUGUAAUGCUUUAGGGCUGGAAAGGGGUUCUGUCUGAUUCUGUUUAUACAAACACUAUUAAGGCUUUGUACUCUGUGCCCCAUGCCGCUGUCCUAACAGAGGUCAUUUCUCCUGUGUAGGUGAAGGUGGUGGAACAGGGCAUGGGUUACCUAGCCCUGGGGGGGUUGGUCACUGCAACACUGGCACUGCUUCCCUUUGGCUUCCGCCUGGCACAGCGGCUGGACAUGAAGCACCUGAGCUCCCUGUCCCUGGCAGAGUUGGCUGUCAUGGCGAUGGGGCCGCCCAACACCCAGACCUACGCCUUCUUCUUCAUCACCACCGUGGAGAGGCUCUGCCUCACAGGACUCUUCUUCUUCAUGAUGUGUGUGGCAGAGAGGACCUACAAACAGGUCAGCAUGUUGGUCCCACUGUACUGUAGUAGACAUACCACUACAAAACAAACAUGCUGGAAAUGGUGUGGCUGACAUGUUUUUCAUUGGUUCUCUUUCAACAGCGGCUUGUUUUCGCCAAACUCUUCAACCACAUCACAUCAGCACGAAAGGCUAAGAAGUGGGAAAUCCCCCAUUUCAGGCUGAAGAAAGUGCAGAACAUAAAGAUGUGGCUGUCGCUCCGCUCCUUCCUCAAGGUCAGACUUACUCUCACUACUCUUGUGCCUUUUUUAGAUAUACAUCAGUGUAUGGCUUUGACCACUAGGGGGUGAUUAAUGUCUUACCCUCAUUGAAAUGUCCCCUAAUAUUAUUUCCUGUUCAUCACAGAGACGUGGGCCCCAGCGUUCCGUUGAUGUCAUCGUCUCCUCCAUCUUCCUCCUGGCCCUCUCCAUCGCCUUCAUCUUGUGUACCCAGGUCAGACAUACAGUACCAGUCAAAAGUUUGGACACACCUAUUCAUUCAAGGGUUUUUCUUUUUUUUUACUAUUUCCUACCUUGUAGAAUAAUAGUGAAGACAUCAAAACUAUGAAAUAACACAUAUGGAAUCAUGUAGUAACCAAAAAAGUGUUAAACAAAUCAAAAUAUAUUUAAUAUUUGAGAUUCUUCAAAUAGCCACCCUUUGCCUUGAUGACAGCUUUGCACACUCUUGGCAUUCUCUCAACCAGCUUCACCUGGAAUGCUUUUCCAACAGUCUUGAAGGAGUUCCCACAUGUGCUGAGAACUUGUUGGCUGCUUUUCCUUCACUUUGAGGUCCAACUCAUCCCAAACCAUUCUCAAUUGGGUUGAGGUCAGGGGAUUGUGGAGGCCAGGUCAUCUGAUGCAGCGCUCCAUCACUCUCCUUCUUGGUAAAAUAGCCCUUACACAGCCUGAAGGUGUGUUGGGUCAUUGUCCUGUUGAAAACAAAUGAUAGUCCCACUAAGCCUAAACCAGAUGGGAUGGCGUAUCGCUGCAGAAUGCUGUGGUAGCCAUGCUGGUUAAGUGUGCCUUGAAUUCUAAAUAAAUCACAGACAGUGUCACCAGCAAAGCACCAUCACACCACCUCCUCCAUGCUUCACGGUAGGAAAUACACAUGCGGAGAUCAGCCGUUCACCUACACUGCGUCUCACAAAGACACGCGGUUGGAACCAAAAAUCUCAAAUUUGGACUCCAGACCAAAGGACAGAUUUCCACUGGUCUAAUGUCCAUUGCUCGUGUUUCUUGGCCCAAGCAAGUCUCUUCUUCUUAUUGGUGUCCUUUAGUAGUGGUUUCUUUGCAGCAAUUCGACUAUGAAGGCCUGAUUCACGCAGUCUCCUCUGAACAGUUGAUGUUGAGAUGUGUCUACUUGAACUCUGAAAAGCAUUUUGGCUCCCGAGUGGCGCAGCGUUCUAAGGCACUGCAUCUCUGUGCUUGAGGCGUCACUACAGACCCCCUGGUUCGAUUCCAGGCUGUAUCACAAUCGGCCGUGAUUGGGAGUCCCAUAGGGCGACGCACAAUUGGCCCAGCGUCGUCCGGGUUUGGCCGGUGUAGGCCGUCAUUGUAAAUAAGAAUUUGUUCUUAACUGACUUGCCUAGUUAAAUAAAGGUACAAAAAAGGGGGGUGGGCUGGUAACUCUAAUGAACUUAUCCUCUGCAGUAGAGGUAACUAUGGGUCUUCCUUUCCUGUGCCGGUCCUCAUGAGAGCCAGUUUCAUCAUAGCGCUUGAUGGUUUUUGCGACUGCACUUGAAUAAACUUUAAAAGUUCUUGAAAUGUUCCAGAUUGACCUUCAUGUCUUAAAGUAAUGAUGGACUGUCAUUUCUCUUUGCUUAUUUGAACUGUUCUUGCCAUAAUAUGGACUUGGUCUUUUACCAAAUUGGGCUAUCUUCUGUAUACCACCCCUACCUUGUCACAACACAACUGAUUGGCUCAAACGCAUUAAGAAGGAAAGAAAUUCCACAAAUUAACUUUUAAGAAGUCACACCUGUUAAUUGAAAUGCAUUCCAGGUGACUACCUCAUGAAGCUGGUUGAGAGAAUGCCAAGAGUUGUGCAAAGCUGUCAAGGCAAAGGGUGGCUACUUUGAAGAAACUCAAAUAUAAAAUAUAUUUUGAUUUGUUUAACACUUUUUUGGUUACUACAUGAGUCCAUGUGUGUUAUUUCAUAGUUUUGAUGUCUUCACUACUAUUCUACAAUGUAAAACAUUGUAUAAACAUUUAGAAAAACCCUUGAAUGAGUAGGUGUGUCCAAACCUUUGACUGGUACUGUAUCUAUAAAAAGAGUAUCUCUGAUAAAUACACAGGAUUCCAGGAAACACCAUGAUUUACCUUCCACUUGUUAUGAAUGCCUGUUGUAAAACAGAAUGUGCAUUGGUUAAGCUCCAACCUGUAGAAACUCAAUAGAUUAAAGAUUAUGAGUACUCAUUUUCUAUCUCAAACCCCCAGCUCCUGAACAGUCACCACACCUUCCUGGACUCGGAGACCAACUGGGAGCUCAUGGUGUGGGGUUCCUCUCUGAUCCUCUUCCUGCUCCGCCUGGCCACCCUGGGAUCUGAGACCAACUGUAAAUACAGCAACGUGUCAGUGCUGCUGACGGAACAGGUGAGGCCCCCUACAACACAUACACGCACGUGCACACGCAGACAGACCACUUUAAUACUUUCAUUAAUGCAUCUCCUCCAUUCUUUCAGAUCAACUUGUAUCUUAAGAUGGAAAAGAAGCCCAACAAGAAAGAAAUGUUGAACAUAGUGAACAAUGUUCUGAAGCUUGCAACAAAAUUAAUGAAAGUAAGCAUGUCUUUAAACUUUAGCAGCAUUAUGAAUAUUUUGACUUAGUCACAUCUUCUGGGCUGGUAAUUGUUUAUUCAGCAUAACGUGCAGUGAAAGCAUCUUUGACUUCUCAUACCAACCCUUUCACAGGAGCUUGACACCCCCUUCCGACUGCUGGGUCUGACUGUGAACCCUCUCAUCUACAACAUCACACGUGUGGUCAUCCUGUCUGCAGUCUCCGCUGUGGUCAGCGACCUGCUCGGCUUCAACAUCAGAGUGAGUGGAGACACUUCUAAUACCACAGAGCUGUAGCUGAACACUGAGAUGUUUUCCAAACAGUGAUUCUUCACCUCUGUCCGUUGUUUUCCUCCAAGUACAUUUGUAUUAAAGUGAGGAUAUGUGCUGUGUUUUUAAAUGUGCCCUCCUUGUUGUCUCUUCUACAGCUGUGGAAAAUCAAGCCUUAAUGCUAAACCACUAACUGUUGGACAAUGGAGACUGUCAACUCCUACCAUCCACAGCUGGCUAUCUGUGCAAAGUGUGCAAAUCUACUGAGUGGUCGCCUAUGCAUCUCAGUGCCUUCCCUCCCAGGAACAUUGAACUUUCAAUCACACAAUACCAUUGUGGUCAUACACAAGCAUUAACUCUUGACAAUCAAUGAUAUACACAUCCUUGACUACAUAAUGAUGUGUCCUAAACCCAUCUGCUGCAGCAGUUCCAGUAACCCAGUGCCUGAAUCUGGAAUGUCCCUGGACCUGACCACUUCCUGGCUCACAUGGAGAAACAGUAGCCAAUGGGUGCCUUCUGAACACUGAGAACUUUGCUGGCUAUUUGAAUGUAAAGCAUUUCAAGACAUGGAGAAAGGAUGGAAUAGGAAACAAGGAUGAACAAAUUGUUAUAAAAGAAUUGGACAUUCCAGUGUGGUUUGACAUGUACACUGAACAGAAAUAUAAACGCAACAUGCAACAAUUUCAAAGAUGUUACAAUUGAAAUAAAUGAAUUAGGCCCUAAUCUAUGGAUUUCACAUGA